AUUGAUUGAAAAUUCCAGGGCUCAACUUGCACAUUUUCUGAAGCUAUUUUACGCGAAUGUGGUUUUCGAACAGGACUUUUCACAUCUCCUCAUCUUAUGGAUGUGAGAGAAAGAUUUCGAAUUAAUGGGUUAGACAUCUCAGAAGAUAAAUUUUUGUAUUACUUCUGGGAUUGUUGGAACAUAUUGAAGGACCAUUAUUUGAGAUGGAUAUUUCGUCAUCCUUAUGGAGAAUGUAGAUCAGAAUUUGCCUAUGCCUCCAUUAUUUCAGUUCUUGACAGUGCUGGCAUUUAAGAUAUUUGUCUCAGAAAAGGUUGAUGUUGCAGUUAUUGAAGUAGGGCUUGGGGGAAGAUUAGACUCCACAAACGUGGUUCAGGAGCCUGUUGUCUGCGGAAUAACCUCAAUUGGAAUGGAUCACAUGGAGAUCUUAGGUGAUACAAUUGGGAAAAUUGCUACUUCAAAAUCUGGGAUAUUCAAGCCCAAUGUUCCUGCAUUCACAGUACUUCAACAUCCGGAUGCAAAGUUAGCACUUGAGGAAAGGGCAAGUGAGUUGAUGAUUCCUCUAACAAUUGUUCCACCCCUUCAUCCAAAAAUGAUGAGAGGAUUAACACUUGGAUUAGCUGGAGAUCACCAAUUCAUAAAUGCUGGUCUUGCUGUAGCACUAUGCAUAAAUUGGCUUCAGAGAACCGGGCAUGGAGAACUUGUUCCUCAGGGUUACCCAAUAGAAGAACUGCCAGAAGCAUUUCUCAGAGGUCUUUCCACUACUAGUCUUGGUGGACGAGCUCAAACUUUUAUUGAGAAAAAUCAAAAUUCUGGUGAUCUUGUCUUUUAUUUGGAUGGUGCACAUAGUCCAGAAAGCAUGGAAGUUUGUGCAAGGUGGUUCUCAAAUACUGUCAAGGAACCCGAGCGUUCAUUGACUAAAGUUAUGAAUGAUCAUGUGAUUAGCAGUUUCCAUAAUAACAAGCAUUCUAAUGAAUUUACGAGAUCAACAAUGAAGGUUCUUUUGUUUAACUGCAUGGAAAAGAGAGAUCCUCAGCUUCUUCUUCCUCCGCUUAUCAACAUUUGUGCUUCAAAUGGUGUUCAUUUCUCGAAAGUCAUAUUUGUACCUAGCAUGUCAGUGUAUCAUAGAGUUGAUUCUGGGUCAUCCAUUGUGAUACCCGAUUCCCCUGCAAAUUUAUCAUGGCAGUUCAUCCUUCAGAGAACAUGGGAGAAACUGAUCCAUGAAAAAGAUUUUGUCAACGGAAAUGGAUCCAGCAAGCAGCAACUCGAUAAAUCACUAGUUCAUGAAUUUCAUACUCGAGAGGCCAUGGAAAAGUGUGGUGAUGUUUUAAACGAUCUUUCUUGCAGCGCUGUAAUACCAUCCUUGCCAUUGGCUAUAAAAUGUUUGAGAGACUACGUGAAGGAAAAUCCCACGCUUUCGCUUCAGGUUCUUGUCACAGGUUCAUUGCACCUGGUGGGUGAUGUGUUGAAGCUUUUGAAAAAAUGACUUGGGAUACUAAAACUAAAAUCCCUCCAAAACUUGCAUAUCUCUUUAACCUAUUGAGCUUGUUUUGGUUUCUGUAAUAUCAUUCUUCUCUUUAACCAAUUGAGCUUGUUUUGGGUUCUGUAAUAUCAUUCUUCUCUUUGACCAAUUGAGCUUGUUUUGGUUACUGUAAUAUCAUUCUUCUCUUUAACCAAUUGAGUUUGUUUUGGGUUCUGUAA